UAUAUGCCGUGGCAUGCAGAAGGUAACUGCUUGGAGAGAGCUGGAAAAAAGAACCUUCCUGACUGAACUUCUGAGGAGCUGCUUGUUGCUGUCGCUGUCCAGGAAAGCAGCAUGCCAGCACGGCAUCAUAGCUGGCUGAGCAGGCCUGGGAAAUGAGCAGGAGUCUGCUCCAAGGCAAGUUGUUCUACUGCCGUGAAUGGGCUCUACAGAAGCUGCUGCGUAGUCUUGAGGGGCGCACUAGCAACAGUAGUAACAGUGGAGUGCUCAUCACUGGUGGGCCAGGCAGUGGGAAAACAGCCCUAUGCACAGAGCUGCUAUGGCCCACCUCCGAGCAGGGCCAGCGAGUGAAUCUAACGGCUCGAGUGCUGGCCUAUUAUUUUUGCUUGGCCCAAGAUGCAAGGACGCUGUCAGUAAGAGAGUUCAUUCAGAGUGUGGUUGACCAAAUCAAGAGUUCACCGUUAAUCCAGGGAUAUCAGGAAAAAGUUGAGGCUCCUUCAGUGCAGGCAGUUCUGGAGCCCAAUGAAUGUGAGAGGAAUCCAGAUGAAGCUUUUAAAAGAGCUGUACUGUUACCUCUACUGGACCUCCAGCCUCCCUCCCAGAACUUGCUGCUUCUGGUUGACUCUGUGGAUGAGGGUACCUUUUGGAAAGAUGGGGAGUGGAAACCAUCUGGUAAAAGCCAGACACUGGCAGAACUGCUUUCCAGUCAUCAGGAAUUGCUGCCACCAUGGUUACUGUUGGUGUGCUCUGCACGCAGGCAGAACAAGGCUGUCACACGCAUGUUUACAGGAUACCGCAAGCUUUGCUUGGAUGACCUGCGGAAGGCACACAUUGUGAAGGAUGUACAGCAAUACAUUCUGGGUCGUCUGGACCAGGAGGAAGCACUAAGACACCACCUCACUCGGGAGACUGCAGAAAUGUUAAACCAGCUCCACAUCAAAAGUAAUGGUUGCUUUCUUUACCUAGAACGGGUUCUAGAUGGUGUUGCUGAGAACUUCAUCAUGUUACGUGAGAUUCGUGACAUUCCAGGGACACUAAAUGGAUUGUACCUCUGGCUGUGCCAGAGGCUUUUCUCCAAGAAACAGUUUACCAAGGUGCAGCCCAUCUUGAAUGUCAUGCUGUCUGCACUUCGACCUCUGCAGUCAGAAGAGCUGUAUGCAGCUGUAUGGACAAAGUACAUGGAUUUGACACCUGCAGACUUCCACCUCAAAAUGAGCUGCAUAGCAAAGCUCGUGGUAGAAGGGCAUGAUAAAACAAAGAUGCUCUUUCAUCACAGCUUUGCAGAAUGGCUUCUGGAUGUAAAAUACUGCACUCAGAAAUAUCUUUGCAGCACUGCAGAGGGACACAGAAUGCUAGCCAUGAGUUUCACUUGCAGAGCAAAGAGCCUUACCCCUAGUGAAAUCCAGGAGUAUGCUUAUCAUCUGAUCCAUUCCAAUUUUCAGCUUGAUUCAUGCUACUUAGCACUCUGGAUGGUGUGGAGUGGGACACCAGUGACCGACUCACUGUCUGCUCUCCUUCCUGCAGAGCAGGAGGUUCUACAGCUUUUAGUGAAAACUGGUGCUUACGUUACAGAUCAGGCCACUGAUACAUCAAGUGUCAUCCACCGAGCCCUGGAACGAGAGGAUUCUAUUAGAAUGCUUCUGGAAAAUGGAGCAAGUGUCAAUCAGAAGGAUUCCAAUGGCAGAACUUUGCUUGCCAGUGCAGCUCACAGUGGAAACCUUGAAGUAGUUAAUCUUCUGAUAACAAGAGGGGCAGAUGUAGAAAUACAAGAUAAUAACGGACAAACGCCACUUACCCUGGCCGCAAGACAGGGUCACACCAAAGUACUUCACUGCCUUAUAAGCCAUGGUGCCAGUGUUAAUCAUGCUGACCAGGAGGGAUGGACCGCACUGAGAUCUGCAGCCUGGGGUGGACACACAGAAGCAGUAACUUUGCUGCUACGUUCAGGUGCUGAUGUAGACAGCACUGAUUCCGAUAACAGGACUGCUCUCCGAGCAGCAGCAUGGGGGGGACAUGAAGAUAUUUUACUGACUCUUCUUAAACAUGGGGCUGAGGUUAACAAAGUGGACACAGAAGGCAGAACUGCUCUAAUUGCAGCUGCAUAUAUGGGUCACCGGGAAAUUGUUGAACUCUUAUUAGAUCACAGAGCUGAGAUCAACCACAAGGAUGUAGAUGGAAGAACUGCUCUUUCAGUAGCAGCACUUUGUGUUCCUGCUAGCCAGGGUUAUGCCGAUGUUGUCAGCCUACUUCUGGAACGAGGAGCAGAGGUUGGCCAUCGAGACCAGGACGGGAUGAGCCCUUUGCUUGUGGCAGCCUAUGAAGGUCAUGCAGAUGUUGUUGAUUUGCUUUUGGAAGGAGGAGCCGAUGUGGAUGAUGCAGACAACACUGGUCGAACUCCUCUUCUGGCCGCAGCAUCCAUGGGACAUGCAGCUGUUGUUAACAUGCUACUUUUCUGGGGAGCUGCUGUUGAUUCAAUAGACAGUGAGGGGAAAACGGUCCUUAGCAUUGCUGCAGCACAAGGCAGUGUGGAUGUAGUACAGACUCUUCUGGAUCGCGGUUUGGAUGAAAACCAUCGUGAUGACAUGGGAUGGACUCCCCUUCAUAUGGCUGCCUUUGAGGGACAUUGCAUGGUCUGCAUGGCUUUGAUUGAGCAAGGGGCUAGGGUUACAGAGGUAGACAAUGAUGGAAGGAUUCCACUGAUCUUUGCAGCACAGGAAGGCCAUUAUGAUUGCGUGCGGUGCCUUCUGGAGUGCAAGUCUGCAAUAGAUUAUAGAGGUUAUGAUGGGCGAACUGCUUUGUGUGUGUCAGCCCUGGAAUGCCAUAAAGAUGUGGUGGAGUUACUACUCAGAAAGGGUGCAGAUGUAAACCUAAAGGAUGCUGAUGGACGUCCAAUGACCUAUCUUCUUGUGCUGGAGAAUCUCUUAGAGAUGGUGGAUCUUCUUUUGGCAAAUGGGGCAAAUAUUGAGAACAAGGACCCUGAUGGAAGAACAGUGCUUCAUGUUUCAUGCUGGCAGGGACAGCUCGAAAUGGUGAAGCUUCUGGUCAGAUAUGGGGCUGAUGUUAAUGCUUUGGAUGGUGACCGCCGCUCAGCCCUACACUCAGCAGCCUGGCAGGGCCAUGCUGUAGUAGUUCAAUUUUUAAUUGAGUGUGGUGCCCAUGUAGAUCAUGCUUGCAAUCAAGGUGCCACCGGCCUCUGUAUAGCAGCUCAGGAGGGUCAUGUGGAUGUAGUGAGACUUCUCUUAGAGAAAGGAGCUGACCCAAACCAUGCAGAUCAGUAUGGGCGAACACCAAUGAGAGUAGCAGCAAAAAGAGGGCAUGCAAAAAUAAUGAAACUUUUGGAGAUGUAUGGAGCCCCAUGUUACAAUGGUUAUGUGCCACGAGUUGAACAAAAGGAACACCAAACAACUAUGAAAACCCACUCUUCUGGAGUUGCAUCUAGUAGCUCAGGGAGCCCUAGCACUGGGGUUGGGGAGCUGCAUUCUUCAGGCCCUGCUGCAAUGGGCAGGAGAAUCAUGGUGGUCAGUUCUCCCUCUGAUUCACCAGAAUCCACCACAGAGCGCCGCAAAUCUUUAGUGUCUGAUAACUCCCUCAAGAGUUCAAAGAACUCCUCCAUUAUGACCUCAUCAACAUACCAUUCCCUUGCAACAGUGCAGACUGUUCCGAUAGACAGUCUUAGUUUCACCCAGCAGAUUCAGCAGCACUCUCUUCCUCGCAGUCGAAGUCGCCCAGCAAUCAUCUCCCCCAGCUCAACUCUUAGGAGCAAUAAGCUACAGUUGAGUCCCCAUAGUACUGUCUCUGAAAACUUGAGCCUGAAGGCAGCCCAAAGCUCUGCACUUUCUAGUCCUGUACUGAGCCACUGCAUUUCUGAAAGCCCACAGAAGAACAAAUUUCCAGUAUCCCCUCUGAAGGCAGGGUCACCAGCCAAGUACGAACUGUCCCCUAAGGCAGACAGUUUUCUGCCAGUUUCCCCCAGAUCUGAAAAGUGGUCAUCUGGAGUAACACCUCUGGUAGGUACCCCUACAGUGUUCAUGCACUGCCGAGACUUUUCUCCUACUCACUCUGUUUUGGGAUCACCCCUCUGUAUAGAUGCUUUUGGACAGAAGAAGAUCCACAGUCCAUCCAGCAGUACUGGUAAUGCAGAUCAAAGAAUGAACGGAAUUCCAGCACAGCCAAAGAACAGUUGUCAUAGCAGCCCAUCCUAUUCACCUAGAAAACCAACAAGUGCCACUACAGUGCCUGAUCCCUUUGAUAGCAUAACCACUUUGAACCCCCAGCUCAGUCUGAAGCAGGCCAUCAAGCUGCAGUUUGAGGGUCCAACGAGCAACCUGAAUUACAAGAAGGAAACCCCCUUAUGAAACAGUAAGGUGGGGAGCAAAUUUGCUGUUACAUUAAGUAGCACCUGUGGUUUGCAGUCUGUAAUAUAAAACUGGUACUUAUUUCACUAACAAGUUUGCCGGUGUUCGGAGCUGCCCCACUUUUUAUUUGUCUUACAGUCACAGCGGUGUACUGCUUGCAGGUACAGGUGUUAAACAGUUCAUGAAAACAAGAUAUUUGGAAACACAUUCCAUCUGUUAAUCUGCUUCACUAGAAGAAAUACAAAUUGUUGUGGUGAUAGUGUUUGGGGAGCUGACAUUGCCCCAUUGAAUAAACGUACAGUGUUUAUUGUUA